AUGUGUGUUGAAGCUUACACCGAAUAUCCUCCUCUUGGUCGUUUCGCUGUCCGUGACAUGCGUCAAACCGUCGCUGUCGGUGUCAUCAAGGCCGUUGAGAAGGUUGACAAGACUGGCAAGGUCACCAAGGCCGCUGCCAAGGCUAGCAAGAAAUAAAUGCAUCAUUUCUGAUGUUUCAUCUGUUUCACCUAAAGAAGACUUGUCUUUUUGUAUCAAUAAAUACUUUUUACAUAUAACUUCUUCAUGCAUAUUAGGUUUGGCAGUGGCAGUUCGUUGCCUUGUUUUAACUGAUGAUGCCUUUUACGGGACAAUCCCUUCGAACCACAUCCAUCCUGUUCAGUAUUGUUUGAAGCGAAGCGCUACCUCGUUAUUGAAGCAAUUGAUUACAACCCGUAUUGGGUAUGGCUUGAUUUGAGCAUAAUAAAAGAACAAUACAGAUCAAGUUUCAUGCGGUUUAGUUUAUUUACAAGCUGCAAGCUUUC